AUGGGAGACAAGAACACAACCAUGGGACUGUUCUUCUCGCUGAAGCCGUCGCUGAUGAUGGUGAAGACGUCACCGCUGGCCGAGGUGCCCGAGGUGGAGGUGGAGGAGGAGGUAGAGCCUCCGCCCUCCAGUGCCAGGCUGAGGUCACGACGGAGGUCCAGUAUGAGUGACCUGGACACGCUGCGGAGCCCGCGGACGAUGCCUGACCGCAAACUGGGGUUGGCCGGUUCCGGUGCUCUAACAGGCAGUUUCGGCGACCUCAUGAAUCUCAAGAAGUACUCCGGCCACGGCGUCCAAUCGUCCAGCAUGGAGUCGGUGAUCGCGCGGACUUUACCUCUGUCUACCGUCACUUCCCCCGGGCCCGUGCCCGUCCCUAGGACCAGGAAGUUGCCCCUUACACCCCCCGGGCCACCACCCAACGCUCGUCGACCCCUCACCUGCAGCCAGCGCGCCGAGAGGUUCAGCAGACUCCUGGACAAACAGAAGACCAUCCCCAGCGUGUGUCUGGUGCGAGUCCGGACUUUGGUUUCGACUUGCUUUCAGUUAAGGCUCUUUUCAGACUGGACCACCAUGGUGGAGACACCGGUGGUGUUACUAUGGUGGCCAGUCAAAUGUGCGUGGGUCACCAGCUCAGCCAAAAGUGCAGCCACCCAGCUCAAAGUUUAA